CCAUUAGAAAAAGUGACAUUCGAAAAUUUUUACAUCGCAUGAAAAAGUAUAAACCAGCAAUAAAUCACUAUUGUAAAACGGACACUCGAAAAUGUCUAAAAUUUUAUUUCGUCCUCUGACUCAACCCCUGAUCCUUCGUCGGCUGAGUGAUAAAAAGAAGCCAAAGAGCAAGCCCUCGAAUACGCCGCGCCCACCGAAAGAUCCUCCAGAUGAGGGUUACAAUCCAAAAAGUGUCGAUCAUGAUGGGUUGGAUGUUCCGGCAUUCGUAAGUCCUUCGUCCUUUCGCCAAUUUAGUUCACCGGAUGAGAAGUUGGGACCGGGAGCCGGAAAAGCCCUGUGCUACAAAAAUGCUCAAUACUUUGGCUACCAUCGAUUUUCGUUUAUGGAACUGGUGAGCACGGCUACAGAAUUGCGCGACGAACGUCGCUUGGACGGAGGACUUCAGGCCUCCAUAGAACCUGACGAAAAGACCGCUCCUGAAGAGGCCCAACUGGAGACCAUGAAGAAACUGGAAGAAGAAUGUGAUGCAAUUCUUGGAGCUCAGGCAAAGCAAAUCGAAGAGGCCAAAUCAUCAGAAAAAGAGAAGAACAUUAAGGAUAUGAGCGAAGAUGAACUAAAAGAAUGGUGCAAUAAAAAAGAGGAGGACAUUAAAAAGAAGGAACAGCAAAAGAACCUGGAGGACAUGAGCGAUGAAGAGUUAAGUGCUUUGUGCCAGGAAGAGGAAGCCGCCAUUAAAGCCAAAGAGGAGAAACGCAAGAAGGAGAAAGAUGAAGCAAUGAAGAAAAAGUGUGAGGAGGAAGAACUAAAAAAGAUGAUUGAGAAAGAGAAAGAAGAAUUUAAGAAAAAAUGCGAGGAACAAGAGCAAAAGAAAAAAUGCGAAAGGGAAGCAGAGAAGGAAAAGUGUCAAAAAGCAAGAGAAAAGGAUGCAAGGUCAAAUGAAGAAAAAUCGGUCCUUCGUGUGUUUUCGGAAAUAAAACAAAAGUGUAUGGAUGUUUUGGAAAAAAAAGAAUGUGAGGAUAAACAGAACAAAGAGGCUGACGAAAAAGCCAAAUGUGAUUCAGAUAAAAAGGAUGACAAAUAGAAAAUAUCAAGUUUCAGAUCAGCAACUUAAUACAAUUAAUGUACAUUUUGAACAAUAAUUAAAUUUCUUUUACAGUA